AUCUAAUUAGACCAUUGUAUCGAUAUAGUUAAAUUUACGAUAUCUUUGAGUAUACCAAAACCUUUAGCUUGAAAAUUGCGAAGCACAAUGCGAAACCCGAAAUUUAUUUUUCAAAACGUUGGAUAUUUUAUUCAUAUUAUUAAACUCAUUCAGCUGGUAGCGGCAUAUUCCGACAGCAACAGCUACAAUUACGCGAACAACUUAGAUUAUCAGGAUAGCAACUCGUAUUCCGUUCAACAGCCCCAGCAAUGCGGAGUCCCUAAUAUUAUUCGUGGACAGAAAAUUGAUCCCGAAAAGCUUGUUGGCGUGUGGUACGCGUAUUCUGCUUGGUUUCCUAACAUCACCCAGGAUUCCGUGUCCGUCAACACCAUAAACUAUUACACCAGUCUCGGUCAAGGUCACUUCCCGACUACCGAUCUCCCGGCCAGUAUCUUCAUUCAAGAGCAGACAUUCUAUCCGCUGGAUGACACCACGUGUCGAUAUCUACACGAUAUAGCCUAUAUCACCGUUGACGGACGACAGAUUGGCCUGUUCUUCAAUCUCACCAAUACGGACGCACCCGUUGCCAUCGACGACACAAUAGCGUGGUCAACGGACUACGACACGUACGCUUUUUUCCACUCCUGCUUCGGACGCCAGCCUACGGGCUUGUGCAGUUUCCCCUAUCUGUACGUCAAUACCAGAAAAAAGCCACAAGAUAUUACGGCAGCCGAAAAGGCCACCAUCAACGCCGCUGUCAAUCAAGGUGUACAGCGGUAUUGUUUGGACGCCAAGGAUUUCGUCAUAUUUGAGUGGCUUGACGUGCUACCGUCCUGUCCACGGACGAAUGGCAGCAGUUGUUUUCAGAGUCUGCGAACUGCAUUCCAGGGUACCGUUGAGUCCUAAAA